AUGGAGUCGCUUUCGGUUGACGUGCUCGUCUGUGGAGGCGGCAUGUCUGGUCUGGCAUGCGCAGCAUUUGCUGCAGAAGCUGGAGCAAAGGUCCUGGUCGUGGAAAAGCAGCCGCAUAUCGGUGGCUCCUCGGUUUAUAGUGCGGGCAUGUUCUGGGGUCCAAGGAAUUAUGAGAGCUUAAGAUCCUGGAUACCGGACGGUGAUCCAAACCUACAGCGUGCUUGGAUGAAUGAUUAUCUACCGGCUGUCCAGUGGAUGCGACAGAUGGGCGUACCAACAUCGCAACGCUUCAGUCCCAUCAUGACGAUCGGAGUUGGUUAUCCGAUCAACAUUCCCUUUCUACUCGACCUACACCAGAAUCGCAUCAAGAACAGUGGAGCCGGCUCUGCAAUAUUCGUCAAUACUCAAGUGGUGAAGUUGAUUCAAGAGAAGCCCGAAGUUCCUGGUUCUGGUGUUAUCGGCGCAAUCUUGCGACGUUCAUCUUCUGACGGACAAAUAUCGAGCUAUCUUGAGGUUAAGGCAAGCCGUGUUGUGUUAGCCACGGGGGGGUUUCAGGGUUCACGAGAUCUGACGUCGAAGCAUCUCGGGCCCGGAGGGGACAACAUAUUUGUACGCUCAAACAGAGGGUCCGUGGGAGAUGGCCUGAAUCUUGCGUCCUCUGUCGGUGCUGGCACCAGUCGCGGUAUGGGUACAUAUUAUGGUCAUCUACUCGCCGCUCCCCUGCGUCGAGAAGAUGUCGAUCCCAAGGAUUUCCUUCCUCUAGCGCAAUAUCAGAGUAGACAUUGCUUGCUCAUUAAUGAGGCAGGCCAGCGAUUCGCAGAUGAAACCAUGGGCGACGAGAUUGUCAACCAGUAUCUUGCUAAGCAAGAAAAGCGGCGGGGUUUUCUUCUAUUCGAUGAGAAAACAAGGCGCAAACAUUGCCUUUCGGCCCUCUUCCCCAAUGCCGGAGAUGUUGAUCGUCUCCAGAAAGCUGAUUCACACGGAUGUAAUGUCGCAAGUGCUCCAACGCUGGAGGGACUAGUCAAGAUCCUGCAAGAUUGGGGUGUCGAUGGCCCGCAGGCGCGCCGGACGAUCGAUCAAUAUCAUCGCGCAGUUGCCCUAUCAGAUUCUGAAGUUCGUCUGGAUGCACCUACUGGUCAUGGAGGAUCACCUCCUGGACCUCUUGUUGAAGGCCAUGGGCCUUUCUUUGCAAUGGAAGUCCAGCCAUCGAUUACAUUUUCUUAUGGCGGGAUUGCAAUAGAUGAAAAAGGCCGCGCGUUGACUCCUGACAAGACCCCCAUCCCAGGACUCCUUGUUGCUGGCGUGGACGCAGGGGGUUUCAGUAAUAUGGGAUACGCUGGCGGUUUGGCUCUUGCGUUUGUGACUGGAUUAUGGGCAGCUCGGACGGUGGCCAAAGAGUUGAAUCUGCGAGAGCCAAAGUUACCAUCGACGGCUGCUCAAGACAGGGAUUUGACAACGGUUGCCCAUAUUUAG